AGGUUAAUAAUGCUUGUAAGCCAGAGGUGAAAGUGGCUCAGCAGAGCAACACUGGGAAAUCUGGCAGACUGGAAGAGAACGGCUGCCCUGCAGGGCAGCUGCCGAGCGUGAAGCAUGGAGGAGAGUAAGAACGAGAAGGUGAACCAGGCUCACGUUCUCUUCGACAGAUUUGUCCAGGCUUCAACGUGCAAGGGGACUCUCAAGGCUUUCCAGGAGCUCUGUGACUACCUAGAACUAAAGCCCAAGGACUACCGUUCUUUCUAUCACAAACUCAAGUCCAAGCUAAAUUACUGGAAAGCCAAAGCCUUGUGGGCCAAAUUGGAUAAAAGGGGCAGCCAUAAGGACUAUAAGAAGGGGAAAGCAUGCGCCAACACAAAGUGUCUGAUAAUUGGGGCUGGACCCUGUGGCCUUCGUACAGCCAUCGACCUGUCAUUCCUGGGAGCCAAGGUGGUGGUCAUAGAAAAGAGGGAUGCCUUUUCCCGCAAUAACGUUCUGCAUUUGUGGCCAUUUACCAUACAUGACCUGAGGGGUCUUGGCGCCAAGAAGUUUUAUGGCAAAUUCUGUGCAGGAUCCAUAGACCAUAUCAGUAUCCGUCAACUCCAGCUUAUCCUUCUGAAGGUUGCCUUGAUCUUGGGAAUAGAAAUCCAUGUCAAUGUGGAAUUUCAAGGGCUUGUUUACCCUCCGGAGGAUCAGGAAAAUGAAAGAAUAGGUUGGCGUGCAUUGGUCCAUCCAAAAACCCAUCCAGUAUCAGAGUAUGAAUUUGAAGUGAUCAUUGGAGGGGAUGGCAGAAGGAACACUUUAGAAGGGUUUCGCCGAAAAGAGUUCCGUGGUAAGCUAGCAAUUGCUAUCACAGCAAACUUCAUCAAUCGUAACACCACAGCUGAAGCCAAAGUAGAAGAGAUCAGUGGUGUGGCUUUCAUAUUCAACCAGAAGUUCUUCCAGGAUCUACGAGAAGCCACCGGUAUUGACUUAGAGAACAUCGUCUACUAUAAGGAUGAUACACACUACUUUGUCAUGACUGCCAAAAAACAGAGCUUGCUGGAUAAAGGCGUAAUACGACAUGAUUAUGCUGAUACGGAAUUAUUACUCUCACGGGAGAAUGUGGACCAGGAAGCUUUGCUAAACUAUGCCAGAGAAGCAGCUGACUUUUCCACUAAUCAGCAGCUGCCGUCACUGGACUUCGCCAUCAACCACUAUGGGCAGCCAGAUGUGGCAAUGUUUGACUUCACGUGCAUGUAUGCAUCAGAGAAUGCAGCACUGGUGCGAGAGCAGAAUGGCCACCAGUUACUUGUGGCACUGGUUGGGGACAGUCUCUUGGAGCCAUUUUGGCCAAUGGGAACUGGAAUAGCGAGAGGAUUUUUAGCUGCAAUGGACUCUGCUUGGAUGGUACGAAGUUGGUCACUCGGAGCAAGUCCUUUGGAAGUUCUUGCAGAGAGGGAAAGCAUUUAUAGACUACUGCCUCAGACCACCCCUGAGAAUGUGAGUAAAAACUUCAGCCAUUAUAGCAUUGAUCCAGCCACUCGGUAUCCCAAUAUCAACGUCAACUUCUUACGGCCACAGCAGGUACGCCACUUGUAUAAUACAGGAGAUUUGAAAGAUAUACACCUGGAAAUAGAGAAUUUUGUGAACUCCAGGACACCAAAGCUGACUCGGAAUGAGUCUGUAGCUCGCUCUAGUAAAUUGCUCAGUUGGUGCCAGAGGCAGACAGACGGGUAUGCUGGUGUAAAUGUGACAGAUCUCACGAUGUCAUGGAAAAGUGGCUUAGCUUUGUGUGCCAUUAUCCACAGAUACCGCCCAGACUUAAUAGACUUUGAUUCUUUGGAUGAACACAAUGUGGAGAAGAAUAACCAGCUGGCCUUUGACAUUGCUGAAAAAGAGUUUGGAAUAUCUCCCAUUAUGACUGGAAAGGAAAUGGCAUCUGUCGGGGAACCAGAUAAACUCUCAAUGGUGAUGUACCUCACGCAGUUCUAUGAGAUGUUCAAAGACACCAUCCCUUCUAGUGAUAGCGUGGAUCUGAAUGCAGAAGAAAAGGCCGCCCUAAUUGCCAGUACCAAAUCUCCAAUCUCUUUUCUCAGUAAAUUGGGACAAAGUAUAUCUCGGAAACGCACUCCAAAGGACAAAAAAGAAAAGGAAUUGGACGGUGCAGGAAAGAGGAGGAAAACCAGCCAAUCUGAGGAUGAGGACAUUCCUCGAAGCUACAGAGAAGAAAGACCUACAUUGGUGAGUGCCCUGACAGAGAGGAGAAUUGAUGCUGCCAUUGGGAAUCAGAACAAAGUCAAGUCCAUGGCAACCCAGCUACUGGCCAAGUUUGAGGAGAAUGCACCGGUACAAUCCUCAACAUUACGAAGACAGCAACCUGUCCUGCCUUAUCAAGAACGCGUUCACAAUCAACCAUCCAGCAGACGAGAGCAGGGCCGUCUAGCUCCUAUACCCCAGUGGAAACAGAUGAGGAGUAAGGAACGUUCGCGGACCUGCCCCAAAAAAGUGAUCAUGCUCUCUUCUUCCACUCCACCUUCCUCUCCACCGUAUCCCAGGCUGCAGAGAUACAGGGAUCCUGAUGCUGGAUAUCCUGGGGAGCAGAGUCCCAGACAGGAAAGGAGAUCUCCUCGUUUAUUUUCUGAUGACCAAGUGCCUGAGAAUGUUGAACAAAGGGCAUGUCAGCUGGCUGCCCUCCUGGAGCCCAGGCCUGCAGCGAGGCAUCAGCCUGAGACUGAGCCAUCUCGCCGAUUCUUUGUUGACCAGUGGGAGCUCUCCCUUAGCCUCCGUUCUUCUAAUCGCCCUUCUUCACCUUCAUCUGACUCUCUUCGACAGAAGUAUAUAAAGAUGUACACAGGCGGAGUGAGCUCAUUGGCUGAGCAGAUAGCCAAUCAGCUUCAAAGGAAAGAGCAACCCAAAACCCUUCUAGACAAGAAGGAACUGGGCUCACUCAAAAAGGAGUUCCCCCAGAACCUGGGAGGCAGUGAUGUCUGUUACUUCUGCCGCAAGCGAGUCUAUGUGAUGGAAAGGCUGAGUGCUGAAGGCAAGUUCUUCCACCGCAGUUGCUUCAAGUGUGAAUACUGUGCCACCACUCUGCGGUUGUCAUCUUACGCCUAUGAUAUUGAAGAUGGUAAAUUCUACUGUAAGCCCCACUACUGUUACCGACUCUCCGGUUAUGCUCAAAGGAAGAGGCCAGCAGUGUCAGGAAAGGAAACCAAAGGACCUCUCCAGGACACCAUGGCAAGUGAUGGAAGUGGACGGGCAAAUUCCAUCUCCUCCUCAGCAGAGAGGGCCCCAGGUAGCUCCGCUUCCUUCUUUAGCAGGGUGGUGCAGUACUCUCUCGGCUUCUUUGACAGAGUUAGGGUGGCAAGCCAGCGACUGCAAAGCACAGUUUCCUGGAUUGGGCACCAGGUAGCCCAGAACCCUUUGGACUCCUUUUUCAUGUGUCAGCUGAUGGCUUUUGGGGUUCCCUUUCUCUAUGUCCAGUCAGAAGUUCUCGUGCAGAUCUUAGGGGAGUUCUGUGGCCAGUCUGCUGACCAUUAAGAAUUAACGUGACCCAACUUUAUAAGCUGUAUAACUCUUGUGAAUUGGGGUGCCGUGUGAAUUUCGUGUGUUAUGUGAAGUUCUCAAUGUGUUAUUUUGCAUUGUGGCUUUGGGGGCCUAGAUAUUCUCAUUUCUUUAAAGGACACUGUCUGAAAUAGUUCCAGGAAAACACAGAUCCUCAGUUAAGGGUCUCCUCUGAGUGGACCCAGAUAAAGAGCUUUGUCUGUAAUGUAUGUACCACAAUGUUGACUCAAGUUACAAGUUCUGAUACACUGGAAUAAUUCUCAAAUUGGAUUUCUGUGUUUGCUUGAAAUUUGGGAGUGGUUUCUCAUUCUCCCAAAUUUCUGUUCACUAAUCUGGUACUUGAAAGGGAAGAUCCCAUUAUCUCUGGAUUGUGUCUCCUUUGGAAUUCUGGGUGUCUGUGACAGCUAAUGGGAUGGGAUUCCUUAAACUUCUUGAAUUUCGUGGUGCUGACAGGUCAUGGUGCUUUUCCCUUACUGCCAGAUUCUGUGCUGCUCCUGGCCAUGGCUUUGGGAACGAGGUAGUGAAUGUGUGUGUCUCACUGUGAAGUAUUUUUGCCUAUUAAGUUAAAAUUCUAAUUCCUUCUAACAUGGGAGAAGUGACUCUGCUACAAAUGCUCGUUUGCCCAGCCCCUACAUGCUCACUUAGUGAUGUCAGAAUGAGAUUUGGUUCUAAUAUUGGUUCUAGAAUGCUAUGAAAACAGGAAAUUAGGUGCUUUUAGAGGGAGAACAUACUUAAAGGAAAAAUUUAGAAAUGAAUGUCUUCACAAUGCUAAUUGAGAAAAAACAUUAAAAAAAUACAGGCAGAUAAAAAUCAUGCUUAUAUUUGACAUAAUAUUCUUACAAGCAUUUCUAAGAUGGUAACUGAACACAGAAAGUCAUUCUUACUGUGUGUUGUUGACUCUUUAAAUGUAGUUACACUCGCUGUUUUGUUUGUUAAUGGCAUGGAAUUUCCAUAUGGCAGAAUGAAGGAGAGAAAAAUGUAAUGAAAAAUGACAGGUCCAGAAUGCCAUUGACAGGUGGGAUAAUGACAGCAUUUUUUUGUACUGUAGGCGGGGUUAAAAUUGUUUACUCUAAAGGUGAAGAGCUUUUGGUUUUAUGAUUUUUUUUAAUAUAGAGCAUAUUCUUUAAGAUGUGUGAAAAAGAUAUUUCUUGGAGCUGUUAAUUCACAGACUAUAUCAUAGGAAAAGUGGUUUAUGGGUUGAAGCUAUUGGUGAUGAGAAGUGGAAGAAAGAGAGUUUAGCUGUGUAUAUCAAUUAGUUUUUCAGUACAGUUGCUGUCGGUCUCCUUUCCUUGAUUUAGUCCUUCCAACAGAUCAAAUUUAAUUAUUUGCAUUUCUAGAUGAGCCUUCAGCAGACAGCAUCUACGUGAUCAGUAAGUAGGACAAAUGUUAGGCCAGGUAUUUCUAUCUUUCCUUAUGUAGUGGUGACAUAGUUGGCACCUGCGAUGGCACAGUUACAAGAGCUGUAAUAUUUCUAGAGAAGAAAAGUAGAACAGACACCAUUUUAUCGAACAGCAAGACUUGAAAUCUAGGUCUCCAGUUUGAUGUGCCUAACUGUAGCAUUGUUUUUAAAUAUUUUGGAGCUUUAAAGCUUUGGCUCUUGUACUGUGCAAAGUACAUCAUUAGGGCAUAUUCAGCUGGAUGAAACUAGUUCAUCUUUAAGGCAAUGUAAUAUGUUGUUGUGUGUGCAUGAUUGAAACACCUUUAAUGGUUGAAGAGUUACCUACUGCUUCUGUUGUCUCCCUCUUUCUGCUAGAAAAUACCAUUUAUAGCUGAGAUCUCAUUUUCUUUAUGAAGCAAGUUGUAAGUAUAUUUUAAAACUACUGGAUUAACAAGGGUUAAGAAGCAGGAGGGGAGGCUAAAUGCCAUAUAUUUUAAAAGCAAGCUACAGUGUCAUUAAGGCAGGCCAGUUCUCCAUUAGUCAGUUUAACGGUCAUGUGCUGUAGGUACCUCUCUUUAGCUCCAGUUCUUGCACAGUAGAUGAGGAAACUUGCAAUGUGUUUACAGUUCUGUAUGGCUUGAAAAAAAAAAACAAACAAAAAACCCCACAAUACCUCAGCUUUUGAAUUGCAAAGCUUCAUGAUACAGUGGAAGAAUAAGAUACUAUUUCUGAAUAAUCAAAGGGAGUCUCUAAGAUUGCAUCUUUAUUUAACAACUGACUUUGAACUAUGUGCAUAUAUGCUUUCUUGUAAUUUAUUAACUUCUCUAAGUGAGAAACUAUAGGCAUUCUGCUUUCAGUAAAGUAUAGAAGAAUACCUUAAGCAAAAAGCUCUCUGAACUGGAGAUAGUUUCCCACGCUCUGCUUUGCCCAUUCGGUAGACUUACCAUGAACUGGUUGUAUAUCUGAAAACUCUUUGGCCUCUUUUAAGGCAAGUACCAGCGACUGAGGUUGGGUAGUAGUGAUUUCAUACCUUGAGAUCUGAGUCAGUCUUACUAGUGAGGCAGACGUUGAUGAGGAGUGUAAUUUGCCUCUGAAACGAUUAAAUGUGAAAUGUGUAGGUUUAAUUUUUGAUGGAGUUCUAAAAAUAGCUUAGAAUGCAAAAGGAAGCUGUACAGCAGAAACAUCAAUUAAUCAGUGCACAAGACAAAAGCCCCCUGGUUUUAAGUUUUGUACCCUCUGAGUUAAAUUCAGUCCUGAAUUGGCUUGUUCAGUGACUGUUAUGACAAGCUGUGGCAGGCCUGCUUCUUAGUUGCCACAGAAUCCCAAACAAAUGUAAAUUUUCCAGGUUUUCCCCCUACAUUCAGUACCUCCUUUACCGCCAAAUCUGUCCUCUUCUUUUUGUAGCCAGAUUAAUAAUUAAAAUCUGGUUGAACUCAAAAUGACGUUCAGCAGCUUUGGUCAGCUUAGGUACAGUUGGUCACAACAAGCACUUUCUUGUGAUGCGGUGCUAACCUGACAGGCAUGCAUUAACUUUGCUAAAGAUGUCAGUCCCUCACUGGCUCUCUAUCCCUUGUAUUGCAGUGACUGUAAUUAUAGGGUACAAUUUGUGAGAAGCAAGUUGAGUUUUUUAGCAGUCUUCUAGAAACAUCGUUCUUACGAAGGUUUGCCUGGUUUGCCAGGAAGCCCAUCUUAUGUAGAGUCACGAGGGAUGUUUUCAGGGAGCUUAGUUCUAACUGGCUCCUGCAGUACUGAUCAGCCCCCUUGGAUGGGGAAGUGGCAACAAGCUUUUGAGUGGUUGAUGCCAUUCUCUCCUGGGAAGGGAAGUUGGGGAAAGCUGGUACUUCGCUUUUGGUUCUGCUCAACUGUGGCAUGCUUGUCUUAGAUUCUGUAAUUCUUUGUACUCUGUCUGCCUCUUUCUAUCUUCUGCAUUUGCCUUUGUGCCAAAAUUGCUGCUGUUGCCAAGGGAAAAAAACACUUUGCUCCUCAACUGUCUCUCCCUUUCAUAAUCUGUAACCACCGUGUCUUGGAUUUUUUUGAAUAUUAUUUACAGUACUUUAUAUGAUUUGAAUGUGCUUUUAAUGUAAAUGCUUUUUUUUUCUGUUUGUUCUAAAGGUCUGUAAGAACACAUUUUCAAACUUUCAGCUCUUUCUUGACAGAUGGACUUGGAACAGUCUUUACUCAUAUCAGCUUUAUGAUAAUGCUCUUUGGGGCACUUUAGGUGGUGAUGUUUUGUUAUGUUUCCUAUUCCAGGCUUGUGUUCUCACAGCAAUAUAUUUCUGACCCUAUCAGCAGUAGGAAUUUCAUAAAGGAAAGACCUGCUAGGGAAACUCAUACUUCAAAAUGCUCAGCAAUAAAAUACAAGUCAUGAGAUCUUUGCAGUAGUUACUUGAGCUGCAAAAAAUGUAAGAAACUCACUGUGAGCACUGUAAGUAGUAUGCAAACCUGGAAAUUUCAAUACAAAGUAGAGGCAUUAGGUCUCCUGCUUUACAGUCUCAAAAGUAUAUCCUAUAUAUGAGAUGGGUGCAACACGAAAGGUUAAGGAUCCUCCUAUGGAUGUGCCUUAAACGUUUUCAGGGAGCAAUGUUAUGAGCAAACCAUUUGUGGUAGACUCUUAAACAUGUAAUGUGUUGCAUUUAAUAAGCAGAAGUGGACGUUACAUGAGAGCUCUUUUGGUGACCAGGUGAUCGAAAAAAGGGUGGCUGCUUCCUCUGAACGCUAUGCCCUUUCAAGUAAUAUCUGAGCCCCAUUUUCAAAAGGAUCAUGACUGUCCAUAGAGUUUACACAAAUCUUUAUGAAUGCAUACAGUAUUAUUUGCAAAUAUUUCUAUGCCUAAGGAAGUACAAAUCAUUUUUCUAUGCAUUUCUGUAUAUAAACUGGCUUCUUGUUCAUUGAUGUUGUCCCUUUACAGUUCUAUAUACAUUGAACGUGCCUUCUGAAAAUAUUUCAUCUCAAAGCAAAACGGUUUACUUGUGCAUAUAAAUCUAUCUUCACGAAGGCUUCCAAUUGGCCACUCCUUUUCGUUAUUAUUCAGAUUUGUUUUACAUACUUGUUUUAAAUUGAUGUGUCAUAAGCACUACAUUACAGACAGUACAGUAAGCUAAUUCUGUGGCGUACUGCUUAGUUUGUGGUGCCUUCAUUUUAAAUCGCUAAACUGCAUUUGCAAACACAUCCAUACACCUUCCCCUCCUCCUCUGUUCCACAAAAUAAUUAAAUAAUAAUAAUUAAAAAAAGCAUGUUUCAAGAUGCACCACCAAACUGAGAGGAAAGAUAGUUCCUCUUCUACCGUGCCUUGAAGUUUUCUGUUUGGAGGCACAGUGGAGUUGUGUUCUGCAGGACAGGGCACAUGGUAAUGAACCCUUUCACAGGGCCUCAUACGGCUCCAGAGAGAUCUAAUGUUAGAUUUAUUUUUCUGAGCUGGAAUAUUUAAAAUGUAAACUUAAGAAUCAGACCCCUGUAUUUUUGGAAGCUGAGGAGAGUGUGUGGGUUGCAUGAUUAGGACCAAGGUUCAGUGCCCAAUGAAUCAUUGCUCAAUAGCAAGCCAGGGAGCUCUCUUGGGGGAUGUGCUUGACUGUUCCUAGUCCAUCAUGUUCCUUGUCGGUGUUCUUAUCAGGAUUUGGGUGGCUUUGGUGUAAAUGAAAAGAGAAUUUGAAGCCCAGAAAAUUUGGAAAAGCAAAGAUGUGAAUUGCUGGUUUAUUUGUUCUAAGGGGUUGAGAAGCAGCUGACCUAAUAGAGCUUCGCUGAAAAACCCAAGAAAAUGAUCUGGGGACCGAGAAAGGGUUUGCAAAAUAGCGAUGUGGUUGGUUUGUGCUCGUGGCUGGAUCCUGCUAAGAACACUUUUUCUUGGGAGUAAAAGACCUCCCUCUUCCACCUUUCUCUCUAGCUUUCAGACCUGUAGACUUGUUCCACUGAAAUAUUUGUUUAUUGCUUGUAUGUGUAAUUUCUGAAGGGUGAUAUGAAUUUUUCUGGGCACUUUUAAGAGUUUCAUUAAACUUAGAAAAAGAAUGCUGUGUAAAGGUGUUGGAUUUUUUUUUUUAAUUACAGAAUUAUAACAUCUGUGGGUUGUUUUUUGGGGUCUUUUUUUUUUUUGCUUGUUUUGUUUUGAAAAGUAGACUCUAAGAAAUAACAGUUCUGAGGAGAUUAAGUUUCCCUCAGAGAAACGGAGGGAGUUUGUAUAAAGUAGGCUUGGUGACAGUUGAUAUUCAAGUGAGAUAAUUAGUGCUCAGAAAGGCUUCAUGUCUCCGUUGUAUAGCUUCGUUGAAGAUUUUUAUUUAUGCAGUUGUUUUUAACCUGUUUUUGUUUUGGGUGUGUGUCUCCUUAAAUUAUGUAAUACUUGGUUUUCUUGUUGCUGUGAAAUCAAGACAUUAUUUGUUCAAUUGUGUGAAAUGUUCAAGGGAAUAAAUUCCAAACAACCUUCAGGUUUCUGAGUUUUUC